CUGUAGAAACAAGUUGCGAGAGUAUUAAAAUAGAUAACAGAAUUCAAAUAUCUGAACGAAUGGUAUAUAUUCAUUUGGAACGAGCGCUUUUGCAACCAUUAGAAGAAUUUGAAAAGGGUAGCAGCGAGCUAUUACGAACAAGAACACAAAGCGUGCCGAUCCCGAUCACGAUUGGAAGGUCCCUCCGUCUUUCCUCGUCGUCCCCUCAGCCAUAAUAAACCGGUUUGGAUUACAAAAGAAUCUGUGUAUGAACUGGCUCUUUCGGUUAGAUUUGUAAAUAUUGGCAUUAAAAAUCUCAUGGAAAUUUUUACAGAAAUUUUAAGUAGCGCUCUCAGAUAAUUAACGGGCGAUUAAACCGACAGUUGGCUUAAAGUAGCCAUCAUGGAUUUAUCUAUGAUUUUCCGUUCGUUCUUCAAUGAGUUAACACGUGCUAAAAUUUUAUCCAUGGCCAAAAUCAAGUGGACUGACUGUAUUUAGACAAUAAUUAUUUGACUUCAUUUAUUCAUUUAUUUUUGUUAGUUUUUGUUUUCUAAAUGAGCAAUUCGCAAGUAUGUCCCGUAUGCACACCGAUUGUCAAAAUAUAUUUUAAGUUCUUUUGAUAGCGACUACGGAAUAAAGUGAGACAAAAUAACGGACUGAUAAAACACUCGUUCCCACGACAGUCGGGUCUAUGUAACCGGAACGGACCCGGAUUUUAUCCGGACAAGAACUGUGAACUCGGCAGAAUUCUGCCGCUACAACAACAACAACAACUGAUAAAACACAAUUCACAUUUACAUUUAGUGCUGCCACAUUAAUGGAUCCCUUACUUAAUUUUAUUUGUUUCCCAUUCUCAAAGAUAUUAUAAUCAAAUAUAUCCCGUAACAAAUUAUAAUUAAAUUAUAUAUUGUAACAGCAAAUAUCAGAAGAACUGAACAAAAUUUUUGUCUGGAUGUUAUUCUGCAUGCUUGAAUUGGCAACACUAUUUGUUAUUUUGAAAUCUAUAUGGCCACAUAUUUACCGUUCAUACAGGGGUCAGAUUACCUAUGCAGAUUACAAUAAAGUUUUUUCUACAAGAUUUUUCGCUUAAUCUUUUUACCACAUAUCCUUAAAAGAUUUUUGUUUGAACAUGUUUCGUCGUGUGGGUGAAGAAGAAGAUAUUCUCACCUGUCCUUAUAACUCAUCACAUCAGAUAUUGCGUUGUCGUUUUCAAGUUCAUUUAGUUCGUUGUCGAAAGUCGCAUCCAGACGCCAAAAAAGUUGUUUGUCCCUUCAAUGUGACUCACCGACUGAAUGAACAGGAGUUGGAUUGGCACGUGAGCACAUGUUCAGAUCGACAGUCGUUUGAAGUUUUUAGAAGCAACGAUUCACAUGUAUUUGGAUCAUCAAUGUCCACAACCUUUAAUGGCGAUGGAACAGAAACUAAUUCAACUUGGCAAACUGCAAACACUUCUUUUGAAUUGGAAACAUCCCAAAAUUGGGACGAUCUGCCCAGUGUACCGUCAUAUGAUCCUAGAGCCUACGCUGAAAAAGCAAAUGUAUUACGACAACCUGUUGGAAUGAAACCAUCAGAAAGAGUUGCAUUUCGCAAUGCUGAACGCAAACGAUUGCAAAACUUAUAGUUUCUUUAGUUAACUUUGCACAAUUUAAUUUAUCUGCAUUAUAUUAUAUUUGGAAUUCUUGAGUUCUACUUAAUAAACCUACAUACAAUACACAUGCGUAACAUACAAAUUUAUUAAACAAUCAGAAAUUAACAUUACUAUAAAAUUUAAGUCAAAAUAUGCAUAUUGUAACAUAAAAGCAUUAUGUGGAAUAUAGAAGCGUCAUAAAAAUUAAA